CAGUUAUGCAAUCUUUACCGCCCGAUUAUUCUCCAAUCUCCAUCAACUGUCGAAACAUUCAACAUGGAAACGAGCAGAUGAGAAUCAUAAUCAUCCGAUUCAAAUAAUAAAGAUCAUACUCUUUCCAAUUUGUCGAAACAAAAUCCUUGAAUUUGUUUCGAGUCCAAUGAUCGCCUUCCUUUGGCAAUGGCGUCGUUGCUGGCACCGUCCAAGAGGUACGCAGCUGGAGGACUGUUCGGUCUGGCUUUGCAUGCGGCUCAGCUGCAUCAGACUCAUCCUCUUGGUUCGAUUACUGACCAGCAGCGCUUCAACAGUUGCGAAUGGCUACCCGAAGAUUCUGACCUUUGGGUCCAUGAGAAAUCCGGCCUCCUCCGUCCCGUCUUCAGCAUUCUAGAAAUUGAUAGAAAAUCAUGGUUAGGGCUUGAGGAAGUGGCAAGAUCUUCUCCUUCAAAGGGUUUUGUAGAAGAGUUCUUGGGAGUACUUUCAGACGAGAGUGAUGAUACUUCUCCAGAGAUUAAAGAUAAAGAACUUAAUCUUUGUAAAGCACUACAUUCCAUUGUUGAAAGCAUGGAUAAAACAAGGGACAUUCAAUUUAAGUUAGAGAGGCAUCAACAAUAUAAGAUUGACUGCCAGAAGAAAUACGGCACAAUCCCAGAGUCUAGCUCCGAUGAAGUACCUGAACUUUUUAAAGGCACGGAUAAUGCAAGCUGUAAGAUGGUUAGAACUGAACAGGAAGGCAGUCAUUCCGGUAAAGCAUAUGAAAGUUCUCUACUAGAGGCAAGUCAGCCAAGUCAAUCGAGGAAAGUGACUGUUCUAUACGAGCUUGUAUCUGCUUGUAUUACCCAUACAGCUGAAGAUUGCAAAGACAGUGCACAAAAAGAAAAGGGCUAUUAUUCUCAACAUCGGGUUGCAUUGAGACUUUUGGCAUCCUGGCUCAACAUCAAGUGGAAUACAAUGGAAGCUAUUGAGAUAAUGGCUGCCUGCUCUGCAAUAGCUUUAUCAGAAGAGAAGGCAACAGAUGAUGAUGAUGAGGUCCUAUCACCAGAAAGAUCAUGGGAAAAAUGGAAGCGUGGGGGAAUAGUAGGUGCAGCUGCAUUAACCGGCGGGACUCUAAUGGCAAUUACUGGUGGUUUAGCUGCACCAGCUAUUGCUGCUGGUUUAGGUGCUUUAGCUCCUACAUUUGGCACUAUUGUUCCUGUAAUAGGAGCAAGUGGGUUUGCAGCAGCUGCAGGUGCUGCAGGAACAGCUGCUGGCUCAGUUGCAGUGGCGGCAUCAUUUGGGGUUGCUGGAGCUGGACUUACCGGGACUAAAAUGGCUAGGAGAAUUGGAAGCAUUGAAGAAUUUGAGUUCAUACCCAUUGGAGAGAACCACAACCAAGAGAGACUUUCUGUUGAGAUCGUUAUCUCAGGUUUCGUUUUUGAGGAGGAGGAUUUUGUAAUGCCUUGGGAAGGACAAAGCGAUUGCAUGGAAAGGUAUGCACUACAAUGGGAAUCUGAGAACCUGAUUGCUGUAAGCACUUCCAUUCAGGACUGGCUCACAUCUAAAGUUGCCAUGGAGUUUAUGAAGCAAGGGGCUAUGCUGACUGUAUUAGGAACACUUGUGGCAGCAUUAGCGUGGCCAGCGACGCUGCUUUCCGCCACUGACUUUAUUGACAGCAAAUGGGCAAUUGCUUUGGACAGAUCUGAUAAGGCAGGGAAGAUGUUAGCAGAGGCAUUGAUGAAAGGAUUACAGGGACAAAGGCCUGUGACUCUUAUAGGUUUUUCUCUCGGAGCUCGAGUGAUCUUCAAAUGUCUCCAAUUCUUAGCUGAAUCUGGACAAAAGGCCCACCUUGUAGAAAGAGUUGUUCUACUUGGCGCACCUAUAUCUUUUGGAGACGAGAAUUGGGCAUCAGCUAGACAGGUUGUGGCUGGGAGAUUUGUGAAUGCAUUCUCCACAGAUGAUUGGAUGCUUGGGAUAGCCUUCCGUGCCAGCCUGCUUACUGAAGGAUUAGCUGGAAUUCAACCUAUAGAGGUCCCUGGAAUUGAAAACGUCAAUGUAACACAUUUGAUAGAGGGACACUCUUCUUAUCUUUGGGCUACCCAACAGAUCAUACAAGAGCUUCAAUUGGAUUCGUAUUACCCUGUCAAGGGAAGUCUUGUAAAACCCUAAAGUGGAAUUUUUCUCGUGUUAUAGAGUUCUUUGGGAUUUAAAAUACUAGGGAUAAAAACAUCAUUUCAAAAAGAAACAAAAACCCUUCUGGCUUUAACUUUGUGGUUGUGGGUUAGAGCCCCACGGUUGUCCUUUUAAGAGAAAGAGAUUCUAUCAUUUUAAGUUCUUUAAUUUUGAGAUGGAUAAUCUAGAUGAUCAAAUCUUGUUAAUAGAAUUAAAGCAUAUUUUGUCUAAUAUGAUGAGCACAAUAAAUC